AAAAUCGUGUUUGAAAUCUAAUAAAUUCAAAAAUUCAUAAAGAAUAAUUAUUUAUGAAUAUAUAGAACAUACUAAUGCAUUUAUGAGUCUAUCUAUGAGUCAUUUGAUUUGUUCGUAGAGCUAAGCCAGUAUAUAGGUUACACGAUAGAUAUCCUAUCUUUCUUUCUAUGAUUAAAGAUAUAAUGAUAAACUAGGUAAACAUUGUUGGAUAGUAAAGAUUAGUAAGUCAUUCUUGCUAUAGUUUAUAUCAACCACCAACGUGCAGGCUAGAUCAAAUUAAUCGGUUCUUUGUUUUCCUAUAAAUAAUAAUAACACUAAUUCUAAUUGCAUUUUUCGAGAUAUAUAGUGAGUUAUAUAUAGUGACAAUCAACGUAUUCAUAUAUACACACACACAUCUAUAAUAUUUUAUAUAUAUAUCUAAGAUAUAUCUACACAAAUAAAGAAGAGAAAGAGAGUGGAAGAAUGAUUUGACAAGAAGAUUAUACACACACUUAACAAAACAUACAAAUGUACAUGUAUAUAUAUAAAAUAUUGAAAACAUGAAACUUCAAUUUUUAUAUGCAAUCCUAUUGGCGAUCGCGAUAAUUCAAGCUGAGGGAACCGGAAGUACAGGUAAUGUAGUCGAUAAUCCAAAUGUGGGAAUCGUUGUGAGAAAGGAAAGUCGAGGAAACGAAGGACGAUCUCUAAAUGAUAAUGGCGAUCAUUCAAUAGACGAAGAAUUGAAUGAAACUUUUGAAAACGGUGAUUUACGAGAGGAAGAAUCUAAUAAAGACAAUAGUUCAACAUCAACAUUAGAACCAGCAUCAAAACAACCAUCAACAAAAACAACAAUCAAACAAACACCAUCAACAAAAGAAACAUCAACAACAAAACAAACACCAUCAACAAAAGAAACACCAUCAACAAAAGAAACACCAUCAACAAAAGAAACAACACCAAUAAAAACGCUACCAACUAUCGCAAGUCCGGAGGAAUAUCCGUAUCAAGUUAAAGGAGAAAAUGGAACAUGCAUAUUGUCAAAGAUGACGAUUUCACUAAAUGUGACGUACAACAAUACGAACCUGGAGAAUAGUAAUGAAAUUUUGAGCAUACCAUCUCAUGAAAUAACGACCGAUGGUUAUUGCAGUGAGCCAGUUUCUGUUAUGCAAUUAACUUGGCCGGUUCCCUUUUUGGAAGAAAAAACAAACAAUAUUACUUUUUACUUAAAAAAAGAGAACUCUACAUUUUCAGUUUUUGAAAUCCUCUUACUGAUUCAUUUAGACGAAUGGAAUUUUCCUAAUGCAUUAGACGCAGACAUAUUGCAAACAACCGGUCCGAAUCUUACAUUGUUCGCUGCUUCUACUAUUAAUGGUAAAUACAUAUGCAACAAUGAAAUCAAAGUGAUGACAGAAACUGUUGAAAUAUCGAUAACCGAUGUCGAUUUAAUAGCUUUUAACACAGACAAUGACGUUUCGUCGAGAUCCGAGGAGAACUGUGUUCCAAAGUUGAAUAUUGCUGAAAGUUCUAAUUUUGACAUAGAGAGUAUUGGAUUAAUCACUAUUCCUAUUGCUGCUAUAUUAAUGAUUUGUACCAUUGCAUGUAUCAUUUGGUUACAAAAAAGAAAUUCGUGUCUUCAUUCGGAAUACAAAAUAUAAAUAUCAAAAUAAAAAAAGAGGAUUUUCUUUGUUAUGACUAGCCAUGAGAGACAAAAAGAUUGGAUGUUUAUAAUAUGUAUAUACAUAU